AUGGCUACAGUUGCUCAUACCGCGUCUGUUCAACCGCAGCAGCCAGCGAGUCUACCAGAGAGCCUGGGCCAGAAUGGAGGCCGCGUCGAUCGGUCUCAGCUUGGCUUGCUGAGACCCACGCCUUGUGAUUUGCCCGUCGAAGAGAUGCGUCGCAGACUGGAAGAAGAUGGAUACCUGUUCGUAAAGGGAGUCAUUCCCCGCGAAGACGUGCUGGAUGCCCGCGAGAAUUACUUUCAAGCAUACGCCGACACGUCGUUAUUGGCCCCUGGUAGCUCCCCGCGCGACGGGAUCUUCAACGCUUCCUCUGACCCUGACCUGCACAAGGGUAUUGGUGGCCAAGGAUUGCCGGCUGACCCCGUGGAGGAGAAGAUCCUUAUCGAUGCCCAUUCGGAUUCCAAAUACCGAGCCUUCGUCGAGCACCCAGCCCUCACCAAGUUCAUUCGGGAUCUGAUGGGCUGGAAAGAGCAUGUCAUACUGGAUCGCACGAUGCUGCGACACAAUGUCCCUUUUGGCAAGGGAACUGGCAUCCACUACGACAAGUUGUUUCUGCGAGGUGGUUCUGGAUUCUUCCUCACGGCGUGGGUUCCGAUUGGUGAUAUAUCGAUCAAUGGCGGAGGUCUCUGCUAUCUGGCAAACUCCGUCCCUCUUGGCGAGGAAGUUGAAAAUGAUUUCACCCGACGAGCUGCGGACAUGACGCAAGAAGAGCGAAUCUCGGCAUAUAAUGUCAAUAUGCUGGGCGGAGGCAUGAUCUCACCGUCGCCACAGGACUUUGCUGCAGCUCACUCAGAAUUCGGGUCCCAUCAAUGGUUGGCCACAAACUACGAGGCGGGAGAUGCGGUCUUCCAUAAUCCAUACAGCAUCCACGCCAGUGGACGUAACGAGGACGCUGAAGGGAGGAUUCGCCUGAGUACGGACUUGAGGUUCUACGAGAAAGGUGGCGAGGGGAUUGACCAGAGAUGGUUUAACAUUUGGCACCCAAACGAUGGGUUGUAG